GGCAUCAUGCCCGACAUCCCUGUCGGAGCGCAGAUAUUCGAUCUAGCUUUCCUUCCAGAACAGCCUCUGGUGACCACUGGGCUUCUCACUGGGUACAUCAAGGCGUUCAGUUACGACGAGCAGGGGAACUAUGAGGAGAAGUUCUCAAUCAGGCCCUCCAAGAAGUCAUGUAGAACGCUCGCUGUGACCGAGGAUGGGUCAAAGCUAUGGGCGGCAGGAAAGGCGAAGGCCAUCUAUACUGUCGACGUUGGGACGGGAGAGGUCGUCGACACUCGUGCUGCUGCACAUGAUGUCCCCAUCAACCGGAUGAAGCGACUUCUACCGCGACUCUUUGCGUCAGGAGACGAUGACGGCGUGAUCAAAUUAUGGGACCCCCGAAAACAGGAGGCUGUACGGAAGUACACACACCACUUUGAUUUCAUAUCCGACUUCAUGUGGCUGGAUGACAAGAAGCAGCUCGUCGCUACCAGCGGCGACGGUACAUUGUCAGUCAUGGACAUCAGAUCCAAAAAGCUGGAGCCCGUGGCCCAGUCAGAAGACCAAGAAGACGAGUUACUUUCCAUUUUACCUAUCAAAGGCGGGCAGAAAAUCGUUGUCGGGACGCAGCUAGGCAUCCUCUCAAUAUUCAAUCGCAAAAAUGGCUGGGGAGACUGCGUCGAUCGUAUACCCGGACACCCGCAGUCCAUCGACGCCCUCUGCGCGAUUCCGUCCCGCUACUCUAACGCGCAAUCCACCAUCCUGACCGGCUCCUCCGACGGCCUCCUCCGCGCCGUGCAGCUUUUCCCGACCAAGCUCCUCGGCGUCGUGGCCGACCACGGCGAAUUCCCAAUUGAGCGCAUUGCGGUCGACAUGGGUGGCGAGGGGCGCUGGGUCGGGAGCGUAGGGCAUGAGGAAGUGCUCAAGUUGACGGACCUACAGGAGGUGUUCGAGAACGAUAGUGACGAAGAUGAGGAAGCCGAAAGCGGUAGUGCCGGGAGCGAUGCGGAUCCGGAUAUGGAGAAUGACGAAGGCGGUUCAGACGAGGAAGGGGAGACGAAAACGGGGCCUUCGAAGAGCGAAGUCAAGGACGCUGUAGAGGACGAGCACGUCGACGAGGAAGAGGGUACGAAGGAGAAAGCGGCAGAUUCGAGCGAUGAGGAAGAUCUAGAUCCAGAACCUCGGAAGCGGAAGCGGAAGCGGAAGAAAGAGCAGGACGCACUGCAUGCGAUGAAGCGGAGGAAGGGGAAGAACGAAGUCGAGGCAGAGCCCACUUUCUUUGCAGACCUUUGAACGACUUGUACCCUCGCUAACAAACAAUGGCAAUUUGAAUCUGGG